AUGGAAGAACUGCUCCAAGAUAUUAUUAAAGAAGCUAGUGGACCAAAGUUAAAUUCUCUCAAAAAAUCAUGUCAGGAAGCCUUAGAGUUAAUUUGUGCACAAGACGUGAGCGGCCGACGGCCCUCAUACGAGUGCAGGCGCGCGUGCUUGCAGCCAUUGCAGCUCGCGCUAGAGACCAAGCGCCCCCGGCUAGUAGCAUUCGCUCUCCAGGGUUUUCAUAAAAUACUUCGUGAUGAUCGUUUUCACCGUGGCAUCGAACCUGAGGACGAUUCGCUAUGGACCCCGUCGCAACUGCUCUGUGCAACCUCCUCGGUCAUGUACCAAUUACCAGAUACACAGGUACAAAUAUUCCGCAUGUACCUAUCACUGGCGUUAUCCCCCCGGCGUACCCUAAACGGGCGUUUGAGCGUAUGGGCGUGCGGCCGAUGCGCAGAAGCAGCCAGUACGGCGCCACACGUCGCGGCCGCUGCACGUGCCGCUGCCGCUCAAGUGCUAAGGGCGUAUUGUGCUCAACUUGAUGAAGAAUGCCAAGAACUUCUAUCGGAAGGGUCUCCAGUGGGCCAGAAUCACUUAGUAGCUGUGGGCUGCUACAGCGAGGUCAUACCUGUCAUACAGUACUUGUGCAGCCGACUUACUGAAACUCAAAUGAUACCGAAACAGAAUCCACUUGCGCUGUUCUUCCUGGAUUGCCUGCUCACAUUAAUGUCCAGCUUAUCAGAGCGUGUGAGCGGCAACUCGCAUUUCACGACAUUCCUUUGGCAAAAGUUCUGUCCGUCACUCAUCUCUUUCUUGGGAACUCCACGAGUCGACAAAAAUAUUAAAUCCAGAGAGCACGAAGGAUCCUUAGUAGAUGACUCAGGACGAGGCUCUGGCGCUUUGGUUUGCGCUCCUAGCUUCAACAGCAAACAGGCGAAGGCUAUUUACAGUAUAUCGAACCAGCUAGUACGUCUUGUCGGCUCCACAUCAAAUCUACGGCCAGUUCUCGAAGCACUUUACCAUAGAAUGCUGCUUUAUCCUCCAAUACAACAUCGCGUUGAACCACUGCGGAGCGUUCGUGAACUGUUGCAGCAUCCCAAGAGAUUGACUCAGCUGGUUUUGAUAAAGAGAGAUGAUAGACAUAGUGAUGAUAUGGCUAUCGUAAGAUUAAUAAUGGAUGGCAUAGAAGAAUGCGGUCGCAAUGGUAAUCCGGAAGUAGUAGCAGCGGCGGUCGAAUGCGUGGUAUCUCUUUUGGAUGCCUUGGAAAAAUUGUGUACCACGCCAACGGAUUAUAUAACACCAGAAACGGCCAGUUUGAUAUUGGAUCACUGGCCCAAGUUACACGAAGCUGAUUAUACAGGACCACUCACUUAUCAGACGUUGGCUAGACUACCGAGCCCGUAUAGAGACGUGGUAGCUGUCCUACAAAGCAACGAAACAAAAGACAAUGAUUCUUCAGACACGUCAGGUCCAGAAAACUUAAGUUCGGGAAGUGAGGCCGAAGUGGACUCGGACGCAGAUAACGUGUUCCUACCGAGUAGAGCCAGUAACCCAACUUAUAAAGAAGAUAACUUUAGCGAAACUAAAGCUGUGCCGAAGACUUUAAACCUUGGGCGAUGCACCAUAACGGAAUGCAACGUCGACCUAGAGCGCCACAACGCUAGGCAAUUCGUGAAAACGCUGCAGAAUUCCCUUCUCCCUAAACUGGUCACACUUAGGACGUGUAUUGAAGUAGACGAAGCAAUGCAAGAGUUCGCAUCAAAGUGUUGCCAACAUAACGCCGCUCAACCUCCUGCCACGGCCUGUAUUAUGAAUGCGGAUGGCGUCUACCUUGCCACAUAUGCAGCUUUACUGCUUACCCUCAAGCAGAAAAGGAGCAAGUACUAUGCUGAUAUCAGUAAAAUUCCACUACCGCUAACUGAAGAUGAAUUCGUAGAAGAUGUUCAAGGUAGUGGAGUACUGGUAUACUUAUCUGCUACUUGGCUUCGGGAGCUUUACCAGCAAGUUGUCGCUACGGAUCUUUUGAAGGAUGUACAGACUUCGGAUCAUCCUCUAAUACAUUUAUUAUCUGAUCUGGGUGGACUGGAUUCGAAUCCCGUGAUGUCAGACUGGCAAAGGCUGAAAGAGGUUUCAAUGGUGUAUCAUAACUCGAACGACUCUCCACAACUCCAGGCUAGUUUACGAUGGGCCAGAAGGGUUUUAACAUGUAUCUGGGAGUCAAUGGUGACGGUACUAAGUGUUCCAUUAAUUGGAUGUAACAAGAAACACAAAUUACACGGAAUCAUUACAAAGAAAAUCAACACGUUCGGGAAGAGAAAGAGAAUCGCGUGGGAGGGUCUCACUAUACAGUGUUUGGAAGGACUUCAUAAGGCAGCUCGUAUCAGUACGACUUUAAGUCUACAGAAUAGAUGCAACAGUAUCCUCGCGCUUCUGGCCAGCUCAGCCACUUCUCAGCCCGCUAAUGGGAAGAUCCUCUCUACACACGCUUUAUCACUGGAUAUAUUAAUAUCAGGUGGUCUCGAACUAGGGUCCAAAUCCCCAGAGUGUUGGGAGCACAUUUUUGCCGCUUGUCAAUAUGUAUCAAGUUUCGAACACUCCUUGUUCGGUCAACAGGGGAAUAACGCGACACCGAUAGUUGCAAUGCAAACUGGCAGAAAUAAAACUGUGUCCAUACUACAAGCUGAUGCCAAAUUGGGGUUGGAUGGAAGAGAUGAUGAGACUUGUGUGGACGUAUUCAACUUCUUGCAGCCAAUAUUCGAUACCAAUAAUGCGAACAAUGAAAUGUCCGUUGCCAAAAUUGUUGAAACCUGUCGUCAAGAGGGUGGGAACGUAAUAUCCGGUUCGAACGCUGCACGCGUCUGUUGUGCGUUGACGGCGGCCGCAGACGCGCUCUACACGCGUCUUGCUGCGACGACAACUCUACCGACACUACGGGCUGCACUGCAAAGACUGGUUUCGCAUCAUCAUCGACUGCUUUUUUCUUCAUGGGAUCAAGACGUAGUGAACAACAACUGGUGGCGUCGCGGUACCCGAGUGGGGCAUGGGGCAGGGGAGGCCGCGCGUGCCUUAUGCCGAGCUGGGGACGUCUCUCUACGCUGUCUAAGGGCGGCACGGCCCUUGGCCCAUCGGAUGGCCAUAUGGACGGUUGUUGGGCCGCAUUUUAUGCAAGCAGCCUGUCACAAAGACAUCCAAAUAUCAAGUCUAGCAAUCCAAUGCCUUCACGAUUGUGCAACGACUUUACUGAAUCAACAAGUGGAAUUACCUCAUUUCCACUUCAAUGAGGCCCUUUUGAAGCCAUUUGAAAACCUAUUGUGUCUGGAACUGUGCGAUGAUGAUAUACAGGAACAGAUAAUCUCUUGCAUUUGUGAAUUCGUGGAAACAAACAGAAUGGAAAUAAGGUCUGGAUGGAGACCGCUGUUCAACACACUGAGAGCGGCGAAUAAUUCCAACCAAUAUUCAGCGAUUUUGGAAAUAUUCAAAGUGUUCCUAAACACUGACAACACUUUAGUAUUCGCCAAUGCAGCGCUGGACUGCAUUCUCUGCCUCCUGAGUCACAUUAAAGGUUUACAUUAUGAAGAUCCACAGACUGAAGUUAAACCAAAGAAACCAAUAACACCAACUCAGCCGAAACCGAGUCUAAGCCUGAAGUUCUCAAAGAACAGCAAAUUUAUACCCUUAAGCGAAGAGAAAACUGAAAAAGUGAUUGUCGAUAUGUGUAGAGAGGCGCUUUACCACUUAGAAAAUUGCGCUGAUAUUUUAACAAUGAUGUACAAUAUGCCCAAAUGUCCCAUCUUCAACACGGGUAACAGAAUCAAAGGAGAUCUCACUCUGUCCGUAGUGGACCCCAUAAUACCUAGUGGGUCGCUAGAUGUCACUAAAUAUAUCAGCAAUGAGAAUUGUAAUGAAGAAGUUAUUUCCUACAGAAAGCUGUCAACCACUCUUCCACCUUCUAACACCACUAACAACUGCUUAUUAAAACUGGACAAACCUAGUAAUAUCCUCAAAGUUUGGUAUGUUCUGAUCGAGGGCUUGAUAUCAGCCACCGUUGUUUGUUCAAAGAAAAAUCAACCGGCUGCGAUGGAAACUUUGUUCAAAUUACUAAGAAAUAUAGCCGACGUUCCGGGAACCCAUUUCGGACUCCAUUGCAUAAACCACCUAUUAUUACCGACAGUGCAGAACUGGCUUCGGCAGAUAGCGAACGUGAACACUCACUGGGACAGUAUUAUGCCUAACUUCAAACAGUGCUGUGGUAUGACCACCGACACCGUGGUGUUUUAUCUCCAUAAUUUACAACAAAUUAAUAUUGAACGACCGGAUGGUAAAAACGACAAAAAACACGAACCCUUCGAAAGCCCUGAAAUCACGUUUGCCCUAAAGCAAAUAAUGUUGAUCCUGGUCGAAUGUAUCGCCCAAGCACAAGAGCCUAUAGCGAGACUCGGUGCUUCCUGCAUAAGGCAUAUCAUAUUGACAUCUGGUCAUCUACUAACGGACAACCAGUGGGAGGUUAUCUGCACUAGCUUACACAGGGCGUGUAAUGUUAGCUUGAGUCCAUUAAAACAGCUGACUUAUGCCUUUAAAGAAAACUCCAAUAGUUUUUACGGAGAUUUGGCCAUAGUCAAAGUUGCCGCUCGGAGGGAUUGUUCCGUGAAUGAUAACGUCAGACUGCAUGCGAUGGCUCAACAAGUGUUCCUCACGGAACAGUUGAGAGGCGAAAGUAAUUUGAAGCAACCGUCGAAAAAUUCCAACCAAAUCCUGAUAGAUGAUAGAAGCUAUAUAUUUUUGAUUUACCUUCAAGAAGCUAUGAAUUGUCUAAAUCCAGAUUUAUAUACGGUGAGAAUACCUAAUAGAGGUCUAGUAGUGGGUCUCUUGGCUCAUCAAAUACUGAUACAAAUAAUAGCUACGGUUUUGAUCCAAGCGUCUUCAGAUGUGUUUCAAGGGAUUAAUGGGAUCUUACUCGAGAGCCUCAAAAGUGGUACCAACAUUUGUAAUUACCAAUUCUUUUUAACGAAGACCAAUAUCGAUUUACUUCUGAAAAGCUUGGAGUUGUCAUAUACCAGAGCUAUGCAGUUUGAUUCUAGACCGGGUUUAAAAUUUCUGGUUCAAAAAGUUUCAAAUUUAGACUACGCCGCAAAUUUAUACAAGCAGACAUCUUCCUCUUGGCUUAUUAAAAUCAUCGCUUUGACUGAUAUAUUUUUUAAUGGGGUUGCUAUAUUUAAACUUAAACCUAACGACUUGUCAAUUAUUCUGAAGAACUACACAUCCUCCUUGAACAUGACGCUGGAAUACGAUCAAUUUGUUAUGAAGAUUUUUGAUUUGAAGUCGACUUGGGAACUUCUAUGUAGCAGUUAUUUAAAACACCUUAUUAAUGUGUCGGAUUUUGAAGAUGAUAAUAUUAAAGAACGCAUUUCGGUUAGUUCCGUAGAUUCUGAUUCUUCAUCGAAUCAAUAUGAGGAGUUCUAUUAUCAAAAUUCUGAAAAACAAGAACCCAAUAAUAAAGAACAUCUAGAUGUUCAAGAAGAUAAUGAAAAGCUCAAACCGUUUACUUUCGCUGACUUCAAAGAGGCCAUAAGUGAAAGUGAUACUGAAAAACUUCCAAACUUACAGAAGAGUGAUAAUAUUGAAAACGAUGAUGUCAAUUAUGCUGAUAGUCCUACCAAAGAUGAUCCUAAAAAAGUUAUUCGCUAUUCUGAUGUUAGUCCAGAGAAAUUUAAGACUAAUUCUGACGCAGAAGUUGAUAAAGGGAGAACAGUAAAUAUAACAAUAAACGAUGCCCCCAUAUUGGAAAAGAACAAAAACAUUGAAGUAAUUCUUCCUCCACAACCUGUCCCACCGGAAAUAGAACAACAAAGAGCUAUAAGCAUUAGUAAGGACAUGGAGGUACAAAGGAAUUGUUUCCUUAACGUUUUGAUGGCGUAUUUGGAACUUGUCCUGAGUUUCCCCUUGGAGAGGUUUCAUCUAAUAUAUCCAGUUCUUCAAACGGGCUUCGUGCAACUCGCUAGAACUGUCAACGAUCCUCAACUACUGGAUAGAAUUAAUGUAUUUUUUGAUAAAAAAGAUUUGGUUGGAUAA